CAAUUUUAUGUGAAAAAAGUAUUAAAUGGUGUAGUAUUUAUUAAUAGUAAAUGCAAUAAAGAUAUUGAUGAUAAAAGUAGUAAAGGUAUUAAUAGUAAAGAUAGUAAAAAUAAAGAUAAUAGUGAUAUUGAUGGUAAAGGUGAUAAAGGUAUUGAUAAUAAAGGUGAUAAGGGUAUUGGUGAUAAAGAUAAUAAAAGAGUUAAUG